GUCUACUCCUCCCACUCUCUCUCUCUCUCUCUCCCUCUCUCUCCCCUCGCCGCCGCCGCGACGCGACGCGUCCCCAUCACCGACAUGGCGAAGCCGGCGCCGGCGCCGGCGGCCGGGGCGCGGGAGGACGAGGACGCGCCGGCGCUGCGGAGGCGCCUGCGCAGGCUCGUGGCGGCGGCCACCGCCGGCGCCGCCUCGGAGUCCGUGCUCGACGAGGCCGCCGCGGCGCUCGCGGCGCUGCGGGAUGCGGAGGUCGGCGUCGGGAGGAAGGGCGUCGGAGGAGGAGAGGAGGCGGCCGCCGCCGCCGUCCCGGCGCUGUUCCUGUGCCCGAUCUCGUCCGGGAUCAUGAGGGACCCCGUCGUCAUCGAGUCCGGACAGACCUAUGAUCGUCGUUCCAUUCAGGAGUGGUUUAGUGCAGGAAACCAGAUAUGCCCGCAGACUCAACAAGUGCUCUCACACACAAUUGUCAUUCCUAACCACCUUGUUCGUACCAUGAUCUCACAGUGGUGCACAGAAAAUGGGCUCACUCUGCCAGAAAUUGAGAACCAAGAACAAGAUCAUGUUACCAACAGUGAGGAGAAAACAUUUGAUGAAAUAUUUGUCAAAAUAACUUCCUCAGCAAACAGUGGUGGACGGAAGCAAGCAAUCAAGGAUCUUCGGCUUCUUACAAAACGUAACAGCGAAUUCAGAGCUGUUUUAGGACAGAGACCAGAUUCCAUCGCACAGAUGAUCUUGGCACGGUCCACCCCAGGAUUACAGAAUGAUCCACAGGUAUUGGAGGACAUGGUGACUAUAAUUCUCAACUUUUCAAUCCAUGAUAGCAAUAAGAAGAUCAUUGGAGAUGAUUCAGAAGCCAUCCAAUUUCUCAUAUGGGCACUGAAAUCGGGAGAUAUGGGGAGCCGUAGCAACUCUGCAGCUGCCAUCUUUACUCUGUCAGCUCUCGACUCAAACAAGGAGAAGAUUGGCAAGUUAGGGGCAAUGGAUCCUUUGAUUGAUCUCCUUGAACAUGGCAGCAUCAUAGCGAAGAAAGAUGCGGCAUCUGCGAUUUUCAAUCUUUGUCUGCUCCAUGAGAACAGGUCAAUAGCCGCAAGGAGCGGAAUUGUCGAUGUGGCGAUGAGAGCCAUCGAUGAUCAGUCCCUUGUUGAGGAGUCCUUAGCUAUACUUGCUUUGCUAUCAAGAAAUCAAGAGAUGGUGGAGAUCAUCACCGAGUUCAACGGUACCGCUUCCAUGCUCCGUUCGAUAAGGGAGAGUGAGUGCAAGCGCAGCAAAGAGAACGCGAUGGUAGUUCUCUUCGCUAUAUGUACAUACAACAGGACAAAGCUGAAGGAGGUCGAGGCAGAUGAGAGCAUAAACGGCUCCCUCACUUUUCUCGCACAAACUGGCACUCAAAGGGCAAGGAGGAAAGCUUCUGGGAUCCUUGAGAAGAUGAAGAGGACGAUGCACAAUAGGCAUUGUUCAUGUUAGCUCCAGCAACGAAGAUGAAGCUGGAGGAACGAUGAACAAUGCAUGAGGAUGCUCAUUUGAUGUAUAUGUUGAGAUACAUAUAUAGCUAUUUUCCUUUUUCAGUAUAUAGGAGAUCCGCAUAUGCAUAGAUAAUAGUAAAGAGUUUUUACUCGUUGGUCCUGCCUGUUUUUGGAAUCUUGGUCAUUUGAAACAGGCAGCCGAAUGAAUUUUUCUUCAGAUUAGCAAUCCUUCAGCAUAUGCUGAACACUAUGAGUUUGCUUACUAAGACUCAGUCUGGAGAUAAUAUCAUUGCAGAGACCGCAAUAUUAGGCUUUUCACAAAA